AAAUCGUUAAUGUGGAGAAGUUUCAAACAAAAAAAGAACAAAAAAGAAAAAAAGAAGAAGAAGCAAAAAACUUGCAUAAAACAUAAAAACUUCCAUGGCUUCUCGCAGCAAUUCUUUUUCUAAUUUCUCAGAAUCAUCCUACGACUACGACGAUAACGAACAACCCGGCGCUCCGGCUUCGGAUCGGGAUGACCCCCUGAAUCCGGGUCGCAGGAACAAUUCGUUUAACGGGUUGCUGGGUUUCACAUUCGGGUCAAAGAAGAUGAGGAAGAAGAAACCCUUUUGUCAGGAAAAAGCAAUCGUCGGGUUGGCUCUGUUUGUGAUCGUUUUUGUGGGGAUGAAUUGGUGGAUGCUUUCCCGGAUCCAGAACUCGGGUCGGGCUUCUCAGGUUGAGUUCAGGUUCUUGAAAGACAAUUCCUCCACUCUAUCAAUUCGGGAAGAACUGGUAAGGCUUGGCAAAGGGAGAAAGCCUCAGAAAACAAUCUAUGCACGAUUACUGGCUAAAGCUGCUCAUUCAUUAGCUGAGGGACAGAGAAAAUCCGAGCCGAAAGAUUUGUGGGCUGAACCCUAUUUUGUUGCUUCCUCUUGGAAACCUUGUGCUGAGCAGCGUGACUGGCUACCUAGUGAGGGAAGAAAUGGUUACAUAAUCGUCACUGCAAAUGGUGGGAUAAAUCAACAGCGAGUAGCUAUCUGCAAUAUUGUUGCUGUUGCAAGAUUACUUGAUGCAACCUUGGUUCUUCCGAGAUUUCUGUACAGUAGUGUUUGGAAAGAUCUGAGCCAGUUUGGCGAUAUCUACCAGGAGGAGCAUUUCAUUGACUACCUGAAACCUGAUAUUCGUGUAGUUAGAGAACUUCCUCAGGAGUUGCAGUCAUUAGAUCUAGAGGCCAUUGGCAGUUUGGUGACCGAUGCAGAUGUUGUAAAAGAAGCAAAGCCAAGUUUCUACAAGAAAUAUAUUCUUCCUAUUUUACAUAAAAACAGAGUUGUCCAUUUUCUUGGAUUUGGGAAUCGGUUGGCAUCUGACCCGUUACCACCUCAAGUGCAGAGACUUCGAUGCAGAUGUAAUUUUCAUGCUCUGAAAUUUGUUCCAAAGAUAGAAGAAACUGGAACUUUACUUAUACGGAGAAUGCGUCAGAAUGUUACACGCUUGGGACCCUUGGAUCGUCACCUAGUGGGUCCCUUCUCAAAGUCUAUGCUGAAGGGUGAACGAAAUCGUGGAGAAAAAGUCGCUAGAUAUUUAGCUUUGCAUCUGAGGUUUGAAAUUGAUAUGGUGGCUCAUUCCCUCUGUGAAUUUGGUGGGGGUGAAGAAGAAAGAAAUGAACUAGAAACAUAUCGUGAAAUCCACUUCCCUGCAUUGGUGGAGCUUAAGAGGACCACAAAGUUGCCCUCCCCAGCAGCUCUUAAGGCUGAAGGACUGUGUCCUUUAAUGCCUGAAGAGACGGUGCUAAUGCUUGCUGCCCUUGGUUUUAAUCGGCAGACACGCAUAUACUUGGCAGGUGCACAUAUCUAUGGAGGGAAAUCAAGACUGGCCUCCUUGACCACCUUGUAUCCUAAUCUGGUCACAAAGGAAAAUUUACUUUCCUCUUCCGAGAUUGAGCCAUUCAAGAAUUUCUCAUCUCAGCUAGCAGCACUGGACUUUAUAGUUUGCACUGCUGCAGAUGUGUUUGCCAUGACAGACUCCGGAAGCCAAUUUUCAUCGUUAGUCUCUGGUUUUCGAGUAUAUUUUGGUGGGGGCAAAAUGGCUUCUAUACGGCCAAACAAACGUAGACUCGCUGAUAUCUUUGUCAAGAACAACACAAUAGACUGGAGGACAUUUGAGCAAAGAGUGAGGAAAGCAGUGAGACAAACCAAACGGGUAUUUUCACGACCUGUUGGGAGGAGCGUAUACAGAUAUCCACGGUGUAAGGAAUGCAUGUGCAGCACAUAAGUUAACUAGGUCCAUUGUCAACUGAGUUUAGGGAGGGAAAAUAUCACAAAGCAAAUGUAAAUGUAAUGUGUCUCCAUUUUAAACUUGAAUUAAUCAAGCUCUUUUUUAUACUGUAA